AUGUCAAAUGAGCUGGGGCUACCGAACCAAGGACAUGUUCAGAUAAAGAAGUUAGUCCAGAAAGAGAAGAGGAAGAAGACAAGUAUAAGAAUAGGUACUUUAAAUGUCGGAACAUUGAAUGGGAAGAGUAGAGAGUUGGUUGAUCUUAUACAAAGGAGAGUGAACAUUUUGUGCCUUCAAGAGACAAGAUGGAGAGGAAAUAAAGAUAAAGAACUUGGUGACGGGUACAAUCUGUUUGUGAGUGGAGUGAAUAAAGGAGGAAGGAAUGGAGUUGGUAUUGUAAUUGAUAAAGUUCUAAAAGACAGUGUCUGUAGUAGGGAAGGAGAAAAGACAAACUUUUGGACAGAUCUUGACCAAGUUAUAAUGUGUGUUCCUAUGAACGAGAGAUUAAAUGGUCAUGUUGGGAAGAGGAAGAAUGCGGAAAGAAAAGUUCUGGGAGGUGGAGUGUGGGAGAAAGACUAG